CCGCACUAUUAACUAAAUUUGAAUCUCAACUUUCAGUUCCGGUGCACCGUCUCUCUCCAUUCUUCGGCCCGCCCAAGCCCUAGGGUUUUGUGCUGCUGCUCUCUCCUCCUUUUCCAACUUAAUUUUGCCCUGUGUUGAUGGAUUUCGGACGCAAAAGGGGCAGACUAGACGCCGCUUUCUCUGGGAAUGGAGGUUUCAAGAAAUCAAAGGAAGAUAUGCUGGACCUGGAUGUUCAGGUUCUCAAGGUUGAAUGUCAAAGUCAUUGAAUAUGUAGCUGAAUAAGGAAUAAUUCUCUGGUACAGAAAUGGACUCCUUUACAACUGGUGUAGGAAGCAAAUCAAAGCCAUGCACGAAGUUUUUCAGCACAUCAGGAUGCUCUUUUGGGGAUGCAUGUCACUUUCAGCAUUAUGUUCCUGGGUACAGUGCACAUGCCCAGUUAGCAAACUUGGGUGCAAAUAAUGCUCUUCCUGUUGGAAGGAAUGCAUUUACUGAUGGCCCUACCCCAACCAUGAAAUCGAAGCUUUGCAACAAGUUUAACACUCCAGAAGGAUGCCGAUUUGGGGACAAAUGCCAUUUUGCCCACAGUGAGAUGGAGCUGGGCAUGCCCCCUGUUCCAGGUUACGAAGAUCCCAGAGUGAUGGGACAAAUUGGUGGGUUUCCCCAACGGCUCGAGUCUUCCCAACAUGGCUUACCUGUGGGUAACUUUGGCGCAUCAGCAACUGCAAAAAUUAGCAUUGAUGCCUCUUUUGCUGGAGCUAUUAUUGGGAAAAAUGGCGUGAACUCAAGGCAGAUCUGUCGGCAAACUGGUGUUAAGCUCUCUAUAAAGGACCACGAUACAGAUCCCAAUCAAAGGAAUAUUGAGCUCGAAGGCACCUUUGAUCAGAUCAAGGAGGCUAGUGCCGUGGUACGGCAUCUCAUCAUGAACAUAAGUGCUUCCAGCAGUCGUACAGAAAAACCCAUGGGUGCACCCACCCAGGGCGCUUCACCAAGCCAUUAUAAGAAAAAGAUGUGUGAAAAGUUCCCCAAGGGAUUGUGCACUUUCGGGGAGAGGUGUCAUUUUGCUCAUUCUGCCAGUGAACUAAGGAACCCAUUGGCUUGAGCACUUCCCUUGUAACCUAGAUAUUGCUUGUAACAAGAUGAAACUUUUGUAGGAGAAAGAACAAAGGUAUGAGUGAGACUAGGAUAAUUAGUUUCUGAAGAGCAUAUUUAAUUUUCUUUUCUCUUGCAUUUUCCUACUCUCAAGAAACGGAUGAUGUUUCUUUAUAAAGGUUGCCCCAAGUGCAGGCUUGGAAUA